AUGCGCACGUUUCGCAUGUGGCACAAUUUACAUGAGACGGCGGUGCACAAUCAUCAGGAACUCGCAAGUCUAGCAACUACAGUCGCAGCCGAAAAGCUCACGCCCAUUCUCCCUGGUGAUGUGUACAGCGUAGUCGGCGACAUCGAGAAACGUCAUCUGGGCCGAUGCACUUAUCUCUACGCUUGGUUGGCUAUCCCACAAGGCUCUCAUCAGGAUAUUUAUGCUCAUUACUCUGCUUGCAGCCGUCUGGAAUUACGUUUUAUUGAGGCUGCCAGGGAAACGCGGAGUCCACAGUCAGAUUUUAAAGUAAAUGUUGUGGAGGAGUUAAACCGCGUAAAUAAGGAUUAUACUGCGCAGUUGAUUGAUCUCGAAACUCUUGAUGCUCUCCUCCAGACCGUCAAAAUAACUAACGGCAUUGAGACUUCUCCAUCUCUAACUACUAAAGAUCGAAUCUUUUACCUCGCUGAUCGAUUGGGACAGUACACCAUGCUGGCUAUGCUGCGACCUGGACGACUUCCGAAAAUUGAAAUUGUUCCUCCGCCCUCCGAGAAAACCUACAUUCUUCCACAAAAUGUUCUAUGCUAUAGAAAGACUUGCGAAAUCGCAGUCCAAUCAGCCACAUCAGCAGUGUCAGCUUCCUCCUCAUCAAAAUCAUUACCAUCAUCAGCAACAAAUUCAUCGAUGGAAUACAUACUUCUGCUUGCCGAGGCAAAGCAAGAAAAUAGACGUCUUUACAUUCAAUUAAUCAUUUAUCGAGUGGUCUUUGCUUUGACUGCUUUUCUAUGCGUUCUUCUUGCUAUUGUAACGCUCGUUUUUUGUUUUCGAAAUCAUAAACCUGGCUUGAAGUCAUCCAAAAAACGACCAAAAAUGGAGGCCUCAUAUCAUAGCGGACCCCCAUACAAUUCGUUAAAUAGCCCUUCCAAGAUGACUUCACCCGUAAUUUAUUCUGAUUCGGUUGCAUACCCCAACAACACGGCUCUCGUUCUUGGCGACACUGCCAGUCUACAAAACACUGCAAUUUCUAGUAACUUAAGCGGAUGUGAGUUGCUAACAGCCAACGGGCUCAAUGGCACACCUUGUGCUCACUUUUCGUACCAACCUCUCUACACGACUGACGGUUCAGGUGGGAUAAAACCCAUGGCUCAAAAUCGACUUUACGGUUCUGGUGCGCAAAAUUUCUUCCCAAUUGUGACAGCAUUCGACCGAUCGGCAAGUCCGGCAUCUGAAGGAUACCGUACAGGUUCUCUGGACCGCCGUAGUGACGUCGCCUCCGAAAAAAUUCGUCGAAGAACUCCAAUUCAGCUGAUUGCUCUACCGCAAGGUGCUGAAGCCCCACCGACGACAAAUUAUAUUGCCCUUACGCAACCCAUUACUCAGUAUCCCCAACCAGCAUUCAAGGUUCCUCAGUCAAUAGAAAAUAGCCAGACUAUAACAUCGCAAGGCAGUGGUGGUACGGUGAUUCGAAAGCCCCCAGGUGAUAUAAAUUUCCGCGCAUCCAUAAAUGGAGAAUCUGCAAGUAGUGGCGUUGCGAUGAGUUGA